GAAUUCGCGCGAUCGGCCAGAAAUUAGCCAUACAAGCAAGAGCAUUAACGAGCUAGCAAAAGAGCCACAUUGGUAAUCUACUCAGCUAAAUAAACUCUCCCAAAAAGGGUAAUCCUCCCAAUUACACUCGCUCAGACUCCUGGCCAUUUUUUUCACAAAUUUUACCAGCCGUCAAAAUCACCAAUCAACUUCUCCACCACCUCUCGUUCUCUCGCUUUACAUCCGACCUACCGGUCCACCAAUAGCAUCUGCCAAUGGAUCAGUGAGUGCGUGCACACAGCACCCCGACCCACCAGAAAAAAAGUCGCCAUUCUCGUCGUUGAUUGGCCAGUCGCUCGGAGUGCGCAGUAUCCGGCAGUUUUUCGCCAGACACUAGAAAAACUGGAAGCUUCGUCGUUGUUGAAAAUUCCAAUACUUCUUUUCUUCUCCAGUUCGGAAUCUUCUUAUUACCAAAGUCUAACCACGAUGGUUGUUCCAAGAUUAUUUAACACUGCUUCACGCACUGCCUACGCUGCUGCCAAGCGUAACCUCAUCUUCAACAGAGGUUUGGCAUCGGCUGCUCCUGCUGCCGGUAAAGUCAGAGCCGUCAUUGGUGCCGUCGUCGAUGUCCAAUUCGAAGAAGGCUCGUUGCCAGCUAUCUUGAACGCCUUGACCUUGAAGAACGGUGACAACGACUUGGUCUUGGAAGUCGCUCAACAUUUGGGUGAAAACACCGUCAGAGCCAUUGCUAUGGACGGUACUGAAGGUUUGGUCAGAGGUGCUCCAGUCACUGACACUGGUGCUCCUAUCUCCGUUCCUGUCGGUAGAGGAACCUUGGGUAGAAUCAUCAACGUUGUUGGUGAACCAAUCGAUGAAAGAGGUCCUAUCGAAUGUAAGCAAAGAAACCCAAUUCACGCUGAACCACCAUCGUUCGUCGAACAAUCCACUGCUGCCGAAGUUUUGGAAACCGGUAUCAAGGUUGUUGACUUGUUAGCCCCAUACGCCAGAGGUGGUAAGAUUGGUUUGUUCGGUGGUGCCGGUGUCGGUAAGACCGUUUUCAUCCAAGAAUUGAUUAACAACAUCGCCAAGGCCCACGGUGGUUUCUCCGUCUUCACCGGUGUCGGUGAAAGAACCAGAGAAGGUAACGAUUUGUACCGUGAAAUGAAGGAAACCGGUGUCAUCAACUUGGAAGGUGACUCCAAGGUCGCCUUGGUUUUCGGUCAAAUGAACGAACCACCAGGAGCCAGAGCCAGAGUUGCUUUGACCGGUUUGACCAUUGCCGAAUACUUCAGAGAUGAAGAAGGUCAAGAUGUGUUGUUGUUCGUUGACAACAUUUUCAGAUUCACCCAAGCCGGUUCUGAAGUGUCUGCCUUGUUAGGUCGUAUUCCAUCCGCUGUCGGUUACCAACCUACCUUGGCCACCGAUAUGGGUCUUUUGCAAGAACGUAUUACAACCACCAAGAAGGGUUCCGUCACCUCCGUCCAAGCUGUCUAUGUGCCAGCCGAUGAUUUGACUGAUCCUGCUCCAGCCACCACCUUCGCCCAUUUGGAUGCUACCACUGUGUUGUCCAGAGGUAUUUCCGAAUUGGGUAUCUACCCAGCUGUCGAUCCAUUGGACUCCAAGUCCAGAUUGUUGGAUGCUGCCGUUGUCGGUAAGGAACACUACGAUGUUGCUACCAACGUCCAACAAACCUUACAGGCUUACAAGUCCUUACAAGAUAUCAUUGCCAUUUUGGGUAUGGAUGAAUUGUCUGAAGCCGACAAGUUGACUGUCGAAAGAGCCAGAAAGAUCCAAAGAUUCUUGUCUCAACCAUUCGCUGUCGCCGAAGUUUUCACUGGUAUUCCAGGUAGAUUGGUUAGAUUGCAAGACACUGUCAGAUCCUUCAAGGAAGUUUUGGCCGGUAAGUACGAUCACUUGCCAGAAAACGCUUUCUACAUGGUUGGUGGUAUCGAAGAUGUCGUUGCUAAGGCUGAAAAGUUGGCUGCUGAAGCUAAGUAGAGCGUUGACUGAUAAUUAUUUAUUAUUCACAUUCUCCGCAUCAUCGUCAUAGUGACAUUUUUACAUAUACACAAAACGGUAAAGAGAAAUGAUAUAUGACUUGAAGUUCAUAAUUUAUAUUAUUCAGUUUUAUUAGUUUUUAUUGUUUCUUCUUGACUUGUUUCAAAAAGCAAAAGAAAAUUAUUACGUUUAUUUUAG